AUGGAAGAGUUUAUUCUGGGAAAAGGGGCGAAGAAGCAAGAAAUUGAAACCGAAGUUCGAGUUGAUGCGGGAGAGGCGGUUCAAGAUUUGAAGCGAUCUAUGCUUGAAGGCACAAAGUCGCACUGCUACCAAAAGCAACGGCCGCAAGCAUGUAUGACUCUGGCCGAUUUUUACCGAGAACGGAAGCAAGAUCUGGCGGCGGCUGCGCGAACAAUCACAGACUGCUGCGAGCGCUUGAAAAACGCCUCCUGUUGCUGGGAAUCGGGGAUUUUAAAAGCAAACGGCUUCGAAAAAACGAAAAUUGCUCACAACUUUCCGGAAGCAGUAAAUGAUUUCAAAACGGCUUGUUUGGCGGAAAAUGCUGAAACGCCUGUCGAUCGCCAUGCUACUGCGAAAUCCUGUUUUGCCUUGUCGGAAAUUUUGAGAAGAGAUUUGAGUCUUGCGUCGGAGGGGCAGAAGAAAAUGACGCCAGUGGUCAAAAGUCUUUUAGACGAAAUGAAUGUGAAAAGCCUGGUCAUUCGGGGCUGCAAGUUGGGCAGCUGGGAAGCCUGCAAUAGUUACGCGAUCAUGUCUUUUGACGGCCUUUUCGGAGUCGAAAAAGACGUUCAAUUUGGACUCAACCUCGCGGAAAAAUCAUGUUUGCAUGGAAACGAAAUCAAAGCCUGCGUCAACUUGGAAAAGAUCUUCUCCGAGGGGCUUUUGGGCGUCGAAAAAGAUAAGAAACGAGAGAUGAAGCUGGAAAGUUAUCAGAGAAAGAUCGAAGAGCUCAGUGACGAUUUUGAGCUCGAUUUGGAACGAGUCGAUGAUUUGGAUAGAAGCUGA